GAGAAAAGGGGUCGCUCCUCCCCAGGGGAUGUUUUAGGCAUAAAGAGGGGGCGGAUGCUUUUAGAUUAUUUCUCUUUAUUCAGAAGCAUAAAAUUGCAUGCCGAUUGCAAGAAGAUGUUUCUUUGGCUCUUUCUGAUUUUGUCAGUCCUGAUUUCUUCUUCGACAAAUGCAGAUUCUGACAUAUCAGUGGAAAUUUGCAAUGUGUGCUCCUGUGUGUCAGUGGAGAAUGUGCUCUAUGUCAACUGUGAGAAGGUUUCAGUCUACCGACCAAACCAGCUGAAACCACCUUGGUCAAAUUUUUAUCACCUCAAUUUCCAAAACAAUUUUUUAAAUAUCCUCUAUCCAAAUACAUUCUUGAAUUUUUCACACGCAGUAUCCCUGCAGCUGGGAAAUAAUAAACUGCAGAACAUUGAGGGAGGAGCCUUUCUUGGGCUCAGUGCAUUAAAGCAGUUGCACUUGAACAACAAUGAAUUAAAGAUUCUCCGAGCUGACACUUUCCUUGGCAUAGAGAACUUGGAGUAUCUCCAGGCUGACUACAAUUUAAUCAAGUAUAUUGAACGAGGAGCCUUCAAUAAGCUCCACAAACUGAAAGUUCUCAUUCUUAAUGACAAUCUGAUUGCAUUCCUUCCUGAUAAUAUUUUCCGAUUCGCAUCUUUGACCCAUCUGGAUAUACGAGGAAACAGAAUCCAGAAGCUCCCCUAUAUCGGAGUUCUGGAACAUAUAGGCCGAGUUGUCGAAUUGCAACUGGAAGAUAACCCUUGGAACUGUAGCUGUGAUUUGUUGCCUUUAAAAGCUUGGCUGGAGAAUAUGCCGUAUAACAUUUACAUAGGCGAAGCUAUCUGUGAAACUCCCAGUGACUUAUAUGGAAGGCUUUUAAAAGAAACCAACAAACAAGAAUUAUGCCCCAUGGGCACAGGCAGUGAUUUUGAUGUACGGAUCCUGCCUCCAUCUCAGCUGGAAACCAGCUAUACCACUCCCAAUGGUCACACUACUCAAACAUCCUUCCACAGAUUAGUGACCAAACCACCGAAAACUACAAAUCCUUCCAAGAUCUCUGGAAUCGUGGCAGGCAAAGCCCUCUCCAACCGCAAUCUUAGUCAGAUUGUGUCUUACCAAACAAGGGUGCCUCCUCUUACACCUUGCCCAGCGCCUUGCUUUUGCAAAACACAUCCUUCAGAUUUUGGACUGAGUGUCAACUGCCAGGAGAAAAAUAUACAGUCCAUGUCUGAACUAAUACCGAAACCUUUAAAUGCCAAGAAGUUGCAUGUCAAUGGCAACAGCAUCAAAGAUGUGGACAUCUCAGACUUUGCCGAGUUUGAAGGACUGGAUUUGCUCCAUUUAGGCAGUAAUCAGAUUACAGUGAUAAAGGGAGAUGUAUUCCACAAUCUCACUAAUUUACGCAGGCUGUAUCUCAAUGGCAAUCAGAUUGAAAGACUUUAUCCUGAAAUAUUUUCAGGCCUUCAUAACCUGCAGUAUCUGUACUUGGAAUACAAUUUGAUUAAAGAAAUCUUAGCGGGCACCUUUGACUCGCUGCCAAAUUUGCAGCUACUAUACUUAAACAACAAUCUUUUAAAGAGCUUGCCCGUUUACAUUUUUUCUGGAGCACCCCUUGCGAGACUGAACCUGAGGAACAACAAGUUCAUGUACCUACCUGUCAGUGGAGUUCUCGAUCAGCUGCAGUCUCUGACACAGAUUGACUUGGAGGGCAACCCGUGGGACUGCACUUGUGACUUAGUGGCAUUAAAGCUGUGGCUGGAGAAGUUGAAUGACGGAAUUGUUGUGAAAGAACUAAAAUGUGAAACACCUGUUCAGUUUGCCAACAUUGAACUGAAGUCCCUCAAAAAUGAAAUCUUAUGUCCCAAACUCUUAAACAAGCCAUCUGCACCAUUCACGAGCCCUGCACCUGCCAUUACCUUCACAACCCCACUGGGUCCCAUUCGAAGUCCUCCUGGAGGCCCAGUGCCUCUGUCUAUUUUAAUCUUAAGUAUCUUAGUGGUCCUCAUUUUAACUGUGUUUGUUGCUUUUUGCCUUCUUGUUUUUGUGCUGCGACGAAACAAGAAACCCACGGUGAAGCAUGAAGGCCUGGGGAAUGCAGAGUGUGGUUCCAUGCAGCUGCAGCUGAGGAAGCAUGACCACAAAACCAAUAAAAAAGAUGGACUGAGCACAGAAGCUUUCAUUCCACAAACCAUAGAACAGAUGAGCAAGAGCCACACCUGUGGCUUGAAAGAGUCUGAAACUGGCUUCAUGUUUUCAGAUCCCCCAGGACAGAAAGUCAUCAUGAGAAAUGUUGCCGACAAGGAAAAAGAUUUGUUACAUGUGGAUAGCAGGAAGAGAUUGAGCACAAUUGAUGAGCUGGAUGAAUUAUUCCCGAGCAGGGAUUCCAAUGUGUUUAUUCAGAAUUUUCUCGAAAGCAAAAAGGAGUACAACAGCAUAGGUGUCAGUGGUUUUGAGAUCCGUUAUCCAGAAAAACAAGACAAGAAAAGCAAGAAGUCAUUGAUAGGCGGCAACCACAGUAAAAUUGUGGUAGAGCAAAGGAAGAGCAGCGAGUAUUUUGAACUGAAGGCAAAACUCCAGAGUUCCCCCGACUACCUACAAGUCCUUGAGGAGCAGACAGCUUUGAACAAGAUCUAG